AUGAAUCAGAGGGAGUAUUUUACAGGGAAAUGGAACAGCAGCGAGAGAUUCAAGAUAGAAUCACCAUAUGAAGUAGAGAAUUUACUAGUGGUAGCAGAAGGCUUUAGAGUUCUCAAAGUCAUGUUUAGGGAUGUAGACCUUCCAUAUGACCAGAAACAAGAGAAGCAUUAUAUAAAAAAUCAAAAUGAAGAGAGACAAAACAACUAUAAGGAAUGUGGAAAGAGCUCCAACAGACAUUUAUGCCUCCCUAGUAAUAAGAGAAUUAAUUCCAAAGAGAAGAUGUAUAAAUGUAAAAACUGUGAUAAAUCAUUUCCUUGUCAUGCACAUUUUCAAACUCACCAAAGAAUCCAUACUGGUGAGAAACCUUACAGGUGUCAAGAAUGUGGCAAGUCCUUUACCCAUGUCUCAACACUUCACGGACAUCACAGACUUCAUACUGGAGAGAAACCUUACAGGUGUCAAGAAUGUAGCAAGUUCUUUGCCAAAAUCUCACACCUUCACAUUCAUCACAGAAUACAUACUGGUGAGAAACCAUAUGGAUGUCAAGAUUGUGGAAAGUGCUUUACCUGUGUCUCAACCCUCCACAGACAUCAGAAACUCCAUACUGGUGAGAAAUCUUACACAUGUCAAGAAUGUGGAAAGUGCUUUACCCAUGUCUCAACACUGAAACGACAUCACAGAAUCCAUACUGGUGAGAAACCUUACAGAUGUCAAGAAUGUGGCAAGUCCUUUACUUGUCAUGCAAAUCUUCAAGCUCACCACAGAAUUCAUACUGGUGAGAAACCUUACAGAUGUCAAGAAUGUGGCAAGUCCUUUACUCGUCAUGCAAAUCUUCAAGAUCAUCACAGGAUCCAUAAUGGCGAGAGACCUUACAGAUGUCAAGAAUGUGGAAAGUGUUUUACCGCUGCCUCAACACUUCAAACUCAUCACAGAAUCCAUACUGGUGAGAGACCUUACAGAUGUCAAGAAUGUGGAAAGUGUUUUACCGCUGCCUCAACACUUCAAACUCAUCACAGAAUCCAUACUGGUGAGAGACCAAACAGAUGUCAAGAAUGUGGAAAGUGUUUUAUCACUGCCUCAACACUUCAAACUCAUUGCAGAAUCCAUACUGGUGAAAGACCUUACAGAUGUCAAGAAUGUGGCAAAUCUUUUAACUAUGUCUCAACACUUAACAGACAUCACAGAAUCCAUACUGGUGAGAAACCUUACAGAUGUCUAGAAUGUGGAAAGUCCUUUAAUCAUCAUGGAAAUCUUCAAGUUCACAACAGGAUCCAUACCGGUGAGAAACCUUACAAAUGUCAAGAAUGUUGCAAAUGUUUUACUACAUGCUCAAGUCUUAGAAGUCAUCAGAAAAUUCAUGUCAUGCCAGUAGAGGUUACUCAUUCAAAUGACAUAAGUUUAACAGGUCUUUGCAUAUCUGUAGGAGGAGCAGCUGCUUGUUGGUUCAUGGCCAUCCUGAGACAGACCAUACUUGCUCCAGUGGAGAUUGUUAAAUACCAGGUCAUGGAAGAGAAAGAUCCAGAAAUCUUGACAUUUGAGGAUGUGUCAAUAGACUUCUCUCAAGAUGAGUGGGAUUGCCUGGACUUUGCUCAGAGGGCUUUGUACAGGGAUGUCAUGUUGGAGACCUACAGUAAUAUGCUCUCUGUCGGUAUUUCAGUGUCAAAACCAAACCUGAUCAGUUCUCUUGAACAAAGCAAAGAGCCCUGGAAUGUGAACACUGGAGAGAAAGAAGGCAAUGAACAAGUUCUAUAUUCCCAUCAAACACAAGAACAACUUGCACAGGGAAAUAUACAAGAUCCAAUCCUGAAGUCUGAAAUAUCUUCUGAAAAGUGA